AUGAGGCUCGUGGUCCCUGGAUGUGUGAACGACGCGCGCAGCAUACCAGCGCUGCGCGUGUUUGUGCUGGCUUCAGCCAUGGCGCUCUAUUUGACUAUGGGAGCGUCAGUCUUUCAAGCCAUCGAAGGUCCGUUGGAGCAGAGCAUCGCUGAGAAGCUCGACCAGCUCAAGGCACAGUUCCUUCAAGAUCACCCCUGUGUUACGGACCGACUGGAUAUACCUCCCUAUGUAGGAACCUAA